AUGGAAAGAGGAUCGGCAGCGGGCGAGAGUAGAAGUCGGACAGACGGAGGGGUUGACACUCCGAGAAACCGGGUCCUGUCUUGUGUAAAUUGCCGCCAGAGAAAGAUUUUCUGCACCAAGGAUAUCCCUUGUGGAAACUGUGUCAAGGUCAGUCAUUCUCUCUCCACCACAUUGAGUCUCGUGCAGGUGACACCAUUUGUUACUUCUUGUGAUCGAGCUCCGACAAUAUAUAUCUUACUUACAUUUGGACGAGCGACGCUGAGAGGAGACGAACAGAACAACAUCCCUUGCGUACCUUCUAAGCCGGCACCCCCCAGGCCUAGGCAUAGGUCUACUGCUCAGGAUAUACGGGAACGCCUUGCCAAAUGUGAAACUUUGCUUCAAGAAUACGCUACAGUGGAUGGCAGUUCCAAAAGUGGUUCAGGACAGGAAGGCACCACCAAUUGCAAUAACGAUAUCCCACCAGCCAACAGCGAAGCAAUUGUCGAAUCAGCAGUGAAGCAUGUUGAUGGCGGUUUGUGGGUGACUCUCAACGAUGAGAUCAGUAAAAUGAAGAGCCUUGUGGGACAAGAUCAGCAAGAGGUUGCCUUUAGCGAAGAAGAUGCGUCUGAUGAUUUCUCACGCUACCAACCCACGAUGGUCACUGACUUUCCGACCCUCGACCCGAUCACAGCAUUCAAGCUGUGGCAGAUAUAUCUCGAGCGCGUCAACCCACUUCUCAAGAUAGUACACGCUCCCACUGUUCAAUCCUUGAUUGUCUCUGCAACAGCCGACAUCAAAUUGGCUCCGCUGGACCAGCAAGCACUGGUGUACAGUAUUUUCGGGCUGGCUGUAUCAGCGCUUAGAAGUGACGAGAUCACGGACAUCCUAGGAGCGGGAAAACAGCGAGAAGACUUCCUCCAAGAAGUUCUUACCGCAGUCAGCGUUUCACUGGCGCACUUUGGCUCUUUUGGACGAUACAACAUGGCUGUCGUGCAAGCUCUGAUGCAUGCCUCUAUCAUCCUCAUGGGCCAAUGCAACAAACACGCUGCAUGGGUCUUGCUGGGUGCACUGGUGCGGAUUGCCAUGAGCAUGGGCUAUCAUCGCGAUGGCACGCAUGUAUCACUAUCGCCUUUUGAAACAGAAAUGCGCCGACGCAUCUGGUGGCAGAUUGUCUUUUACGACAUCAAGCUGGGCAUCGACUCUGGCUUAACCAACAGCUCCGUGCCAGAGCACUUUGACACUAAACGCCCUCUCAACCUCAAUGAUGCAGACCUGUUCCCCGAUGCCGCAGAACCGCUGGCGCAUAAAGAAGGACCGACGGAGAUGGCAUUUGUCCUGGUCAUGACUCGGGUAGCAGCGUAUCUACUCGACAAGAAGGCUCGUCGGGCUAUGGAGGCGAACAUUCUUGGGCAUGGCGGAGACGGUGGAAGCGUACAUGCUUCCUUCUUGGAUCAUAAUCAGCUUCUCGUUCAACAGCUUGAAGCUGACCUUGUGGGAAUCGAAAGAAGAUUUAUCUCAUCCGCUCCAAGUAAAAUCCACACGGCGGCCCUUGGAAUCCGCCCACAUCUUAUCAAACGGCUGUAUGACAUGGCGCAUCCUAUGCAAGAAUCACCAGACUGGGGUGCUGGCGUCUUGUCUCCUCGUGACAGCCUCUUCAAGCUCAUUCUCUCCAGCUGCGAAAACGCGAGCAACUCAUAUGAGCCGAUGGAUCGAUGGGGAUUUGCGUGGUAUGUCCGCUUGCAUUUCAACUUUGAUAUCCUUGCCUCUCUCGCCACCUUCUUAUACCACAGUCCCACGAAUGCCUUGGCCGAUCGCGGCUGGGCCGUGCUUGAGUCACUCUAUGCCAGGCAGUCCUUGCUGGACACUCAUCGGCCAAAUGCCGCAGUCACUCCGUCACAGUUCAUCCUAAAGGCUUUUGGCGAGCGAGAACGUGCCUUCGCCGAAAUGGGACACAUCGUCGAAGUUCCUGAGCUCAUCGCCGCCCUCAGGCAAAUGAGCCAACUGCACACUGUGACUCCUCCAGCUCCAACUAAUGCCAACCCUUGGACUGCUUUCGAAUCGAGCUCGGGCGACUUUAUGCACGUCGAUGGCAUGCAGAGAUCGGAAGGAUUCGUGCCGCAGGCCGAAGCAGGCGAAGGGCUCAGCGAGAGGUAUGAAUUCUGGCCCGGGGGUUUGUGGAAUGCGGAUUGGGGACAAGGCUACGGCGAAUCGACUUCGGAUUGA